UCAAACCUCACAUCCCCUCUCUAUCUCUCUCUCGCCCCAUUCCUCUCUAAAUGACAGGGGAAAACCAAACGGUUCCGCCGCCGGCACCACCGGUGGUGAAGCAUGUGUCUGAGUUAGGUGUAUCGGCGAAACCACCAAAGAUGAACAAAUAUGCAUUCGCGUGUGCAAUCUUAGCUUCCAUGACUUCUAUCCUCCUUGGUUAUGAUAUAGGAGUGAUGAGUGGAGCGAUGAUUUACAUAAAGAGAGAUUUAAAUAUUAGCGACUUCAAAAUCGGUAUUCUCGCUGGGAUCCUCAACAUCUUUUCACUUAUAGGAUCUUGCGCCGCCGGUAAAACCUCCGACUUGAUUGGUCGCCGUUACACUAUCGUCUUGGCUGGAGCCAUAUUCUUCGCCGGAGCUAUCCUCAUGGGAUUAGCCCCUAACUACGCUUUCCUCAUGUUCGGAAGGUUCGUCGCCGGUAUCGGCGUCGGAUAUGCUCUCAUGAUCGCACCUGUUUAUACCGCCGAAGUCUCCCCGGCCUCUUCCCGAGGUUUCCUCACCUCCUUCCCUGAGGUGUUCAUCAACGCCGGGAUCAUGCUCGGGUACGUAUCGAACCUGGCCUUCUCGAAUUUUCCGUUGAAGCUGGGAUGGAGACUCAUGCUCGGGGUAGGAGCCAUACCUUCAGUGGUGCUCGCGGUCGGUGUUCUGGCUAUGCCGGAAUCUCCACGGUGGCUGGUUAUGCAAGGCCGUCUCGGCGAAGCCAAACGCGUUCUCGACAAAACCUCUGAUUCCCCCGCCGAAUCUGCUCUCCGUCUCGAAGACAUCAAACACGCCGCCGGUAUUCCCGCCGAUUGCCACGACGACGUUGUUCAGGUGUCGAGGAGGAACAGCCAUGGAGAAGGAGUUUGGAGAGAGCUUUUAAUCAAACCAAUUCCAGCCGUGCGUCGUGUUAUGAUCGCCGCACUCGGAAUCCAUUUCUUCCAGCAAGCUUCGGGAAUCGACGCGGUGGUUCUCUUCUCCCCGAGGAUCUUCAAAACCGCGGGACUCAAAACAGAUCACCAACAGCUUCUAGCGACUGUAGCAGUAGGAGUGGUGAAGACGUCAUUCAUACUAGUCGCCACUUUCUUACUCGAUCGGAUCGGAAGACGACCGUUGCUCCUCACCAGCGUGGGAGGAAUGGUACUGUCUCUUAUGGGAUUAGGAACUUCGCUAACGAUCAUAGGCCAGUCAGGGGAGAAGAAAGUGAUGUGGGCUGUGGUGGUAGCUAUAACAACGGUGAUGACUUACGUAGCUACGUUUUCUAUAGGAGCUGGACCGAUUACUUGGGUUUACAGCUCGGAGAUAUUCCCGUUGAGGCUGAGAUCACAGGGUUCGAGUCUGGGUGUGGUUGUGAACAGAGUGACGAGUGGUGUGAUCUCGAUGACGUUUCUUCCGAUGUCGGAUGGGAUGACUACCGGAGGAGCGUUUUACUUGUUCGGAGGGAUUGCAACGGUGGCUUGGGUUUUCUUCUACACUUUCUUGCCGGAGACGCAAGGGAAGAUGCUUGAGGAUAUGGAUGAGCUUUUCAGUGGUUUCAGGUGGAGAGAUUCCAAGAAUAAGCCUAAAGGGAACCCCGAGAAGACUAUUCCAAAUCCCGAGGUUGAGAUUGCAUCAAACAAGCAGCUUGGAUCAAACCAGCUGUGAGUUUUUUGGUUUUUUAGAAUUUGGAGGGAGAAAGGCACUCAAAAGUUGUAGAAAAUUUGAACGGUUAUUGGGUUUUAUGAUAAGGAAUGAAAAUUACAAAAUUUAAAAUGAGGAAUUUUAAACAAA